UCCAGGGGGCAAGGCGAGUAGGGGUUUCCAUGGUGACCGCAAACAAGGCCCCACCUGGAGGGGCCGCUACAGAGUUGCCACUACUGGGGCCACCAUGAUACCUCCCGCAGACUCUCUGCUCAAAUAUGACACCCCGGUGUUGGUGAGCCGGAACACAGAAAAGCGGAGCCCUAAGGCUCGACCUCUGAAAGUCAGCCUCCAGCAGCCUGGACCCUCAAGUUCAAUCCCACAGCCACCCAAGGCCAAGCUGCCCUCGACUUCCUGUGUCCCAGAUCCUACAAAACAGGCAGAAGAAAUCUUGAAUGCCAUCUUGCCUCCAAGGGAGUGGGUGGAAGACACACAACUAUGGAUCCAGCAGGUGUCCAGCACACCCAGCACCAGAAUGGACGUCGUGCAUCUGCAGGAGCAGCUGGACCUGAAGCUGCAGCAGAGACAGGCCAGGGAGACAGGUAUCUGCCCUGUGCGCAGGGAGCUCUACUCGCAGUGCUUCGAUGAGCUGAUCCGGGAGGUCACCAUCAACUGUGCAGAGAGGGGGCUGCUGCUGCUGCGAGUCCGGGACGAGAUCCGAAUGACCAUCGCCGCCUACCAGACUCUGUAUGAGAGCAGUGUGGCGUUUGGCAUGAGGAAGGCACUGCAGGCCGAACAGGGGAAGUCAGACAUGGAGAGGAAAAUUGCAGACUUGGAGACAGAGAAGAGAGAUUUGGAGAGGCAAGUGAAUGAACAGAAGGCAAAGUGCGAGGCCACGGAGAAGCGGGAGAGCGAGCGGCGACAGGUGGAGGAGAAGAAGCACAAUGAGGAGAUCCAGUUCCUGAAACGGACCAAUCAGCAGCUGAAGGCCCAACUGGAAGGCAUUAUCGCACCAAAGAAGUGAUAAUUUCCAUCUGGGUCUCAGCAGGCACUGUGCCCCAACAUAAGCCCAUUGUAAUAAAAAGCCAGUUUCCUGAGUGAACAAGCAAGCCAUCCCCUCCCCUGAUCACCACUCAUGUAAUUGUUACGACUGUUGCCCAGUGCCACAUAACACCCAGUGCCCGGCAGCCAGGCUCCUGGUGGGGCUACGGAAGGCGGUGUAACCUCAUAUCCAUGUGCAGCUUACAGACUGGCCUGGGGAUUUGUCAUCUCAACAACUCAGGAAGCAAGCGUUUCCCAAAGAAGCUGCUUUUGCAGCAGAUCCGGCUCACAGCUCACCUUGCACCCUGGGUUUCUCUGGCCCCGUCCUCCCACCCCGUCACCUCUCCAGUGUAACUCUUAGCAACUCAUUUCCGAGUUUGGAUAAUAAAAUCUCAUUCCCACCCACCAAGUCAGCAGGACCUUGUCCUCAGUCCGCCUGCCUCCAUGAGGAAACAACAGUAAAGACAAACCCCUGUUCACUGAGAGAAGUCCCAGUCUCUGGAGAGCUGUCUGCAUCCCAGGCCCUCCCCAUUAUUCGCCUUCUGCAGGAAGGACAUCAAAGCCUGACUCCACACUCCCUAACCAGCCAUUAACGAACAGCUAAGGAAGCAGCCACAUCUCACAGCUCUAGUCAGGUUAUGGCCUAAAGAGUUUGUAGACCCAGAAGACUUAAAUUACAGACAAAUUUCCAUCCAGGGAAGCCUGGGGCAGGAGAGGACAGUGAGCUUGGUGACACCCAUAUUAGUCAAGUGUCAUUUCCUUCAGUUGGUGGAUUUCCUUCUAGUUGCUGGGAAUGCUUCAGGUACACAGCACCCCUGAAGGAGUGUCAGAAAGGACUCACUUCUUGGCGGCUUUGACCUCCAUCCCAGUCAAGGCUUACUGCAAGGCUUAUGACCCCAAGAGCUGUUCUGAGUUGAAUAUACCGUAACACUCUGACCUUACACUACAGGUCACGUCCUUGACUCUCACUCAGUAUCCUCAGGAAGUAGGUCUCCACUAAAGCAACCUGCACGGAAAAGCAUCUAUGCCCUAACAAACCCAAGCAGACUCCAUACAGCUGCUGGAGCACUCCUCAUUCCUCCAGCCUCACCAUCAAGUACUUGUGCUUUACAGCUUUUAGGCUCCAAUGAUCCUCAGCGCUGCUCAGUAGAGUAAGAAACACACACAUCUGUAGUAGACACAAGGGGCAGGUCAAGUGUUUGAAGAACUCUCUGGGGCUGGGGAUUUACUGCUGUCAUUAGCACUGGGGUACAGCUCAACUGCUAAGCUUCCUAAGCGUGUUGUGUCUUACAGAUGCCAACUGGGCAUGAAAAAAUGAGCACAAUUCCGAAUGCAUAAUUUUUGUAUAAUUUAAUAAACAACUUUCUAGAUGUUA